AUGACGAAGCUUCCACAGAACCCGAUCAUAUUUAACUACAUAGAGAAUAAGGAGUACAGCAUACAGCCGAUUCGUUGGCUGCUGAAGCCAAUAAGUGUCUGGCCGGUGAGAGACUCGUCGAUCGCGGAGAAGAUCUUGUCAGUAGUGUUGCUGAUAGCAUGCAUUUUAUUAAUCACCGGCACUCUGGUGCCUUGCGCGCUGGCCAUACUCCUAGACGAGACCAGGGAUGUGGAGAUGAAGAUUCGUGACUUUGGACCGCUCAGCAACUGGGUGCUGGCGAGUCUCAAGUAUAUCUCGUUACUGGCGCACGUCGGCGACAUACAUCGUUGUAUCAAGCACAUCGAGACGGAUUGGCGGGCAGUGACGAAAUUCGAGGAGCAGGAAGUAAUGCUGAGGAGUGCCAGGAUCGGUCGUUUCAUCGCGAUAUUCUCCGCGACAUUCAUGCACAGCGGCGUGUUCUCGUACGGUAUUUUACGAGGAAUGACAUUAAGCGAAUCCGCCGUCGAAGGCGAUAACGUGACGGUGCGUCCGCUGCCUUUCCCGUUCUACGAUCAGAUUCUGGAUACCACGAAGAGUCCGAUGUACGAGAUAGUGUUCGCAAUACAGUGUCUAUCUACGUUCGUUGUGAAUUCCGUAGCAGUAGGCACAUGCAGCCUCACCGCCGUCUUCGUGAUGCAUGCGUGCGGUCAGUUAAAAAUCCUGAUAUCCUUGCUGGAUAAUCUGAUCGACGAAAGAAACGAAAAGAUAGACUCUUCUCAGCCCAAGUUUGGCAUCAUCGUCGAACAACAUUUAAAAAUACUCAGUUUCGUGUCUCAUAUAGAGAAAAUUACGAAUGUAGUUUGUCUCGUGGAAAUAGCAGGUUGCUCGCUGCAAAUGUGUCUCUUGGGCUAUUAUUGCAUACUGGAUUGGAACCAAGACGCAAAAGAAGGUAUAGUGGCAUAUGUUAUAAUAUUGAUCUCGGUUACUUUCAACAUCUUUAUAUUUUGUUACAUUGGAGAGAUCCUUUCAGAACAGUGCGUCCAAGUUGGUGAAACCGCCUACAUGACAAAUUGGUAUCUGUUACCUGGAAAUAACGCACUCGGUCUCCUUCUGAUCAUUUUAAAGUCCAGCAUCGUCGUUAAAAUCACUGCUGGAAAGAUGAUUGAGCUUUCCCUUUCUACCUUCGGUAGUGUAAUUAAAUCCGCGUUAGCGUAUUUAAAUAUACUGCGUACCCUUAUUACAUAUUAAUAACGUUUUAUACAUAAAUUAUAAAC